UAGUCAGUGAGACGCGUUGAGAGGGAGGCAGAGGUGCGCGCUGUGUGGAGCCAGGAUUCCGGCGGUUCGCAACUGUUGAUUUGGCCAGAAAGAUCAGUACAGUGUGAAGACUCGAGAUUUCUAUUAUUAUUAUUAUUUUACUUGUUAAUUCUCUUAAUUAUUUUUUUAAUCUUCACUGCAGGCAGGAUCUUUGAUUGCACCUGUGCUUCAUAAACAGUGGACUUACCCCCCAGCAAGGGCAUCUCAGAGGUGUUUCGUUCUGCAUCCAAGUCUGAUCUCACUGCCACAGUGCAUCCAGGAUCUAUACGUGUGUAUGCAUGUGUUCUGUGCGGAUUAAGGUGCCCAUCAGGAAGAUGUGAAGAGGAGCUGGCGAGCCCUUGCGCUGCCAUCAGGAGGUGGUCUUGGCUGGACCCUCCUCAUUGAUAUUACAGACACACUUUCUGCGCUCCUCCAGCAACACUCCGUGCUCUUAUCGCACCCUGUGGCUUUCCUAUGGAGAGAAGUCAUAGGAGGUCUGCGGUGUUCUAGACUAGGGGCCCACACUGCCGUUUCGUUUUGUGGAAGUCGGAAUGCCAGACCAGACGUUCAGUUAAAAUCAUUUGAAAAGGAAUCCAGAAGAAAAGGAAGGGGGGAUAAAAGAAACGAAAAUAAAGACAAAUUGAAGGCAUGAAAAUGAACAUAUUGCAUAUUGUUCAUUAUGGACAGAACUAUGACAGUUAAAUUUAAGGAUUCUGAGCUCAGUGAGCAGAUCAACAGGUCGGAAGCGUGAAGAGCAUCCAAAACACACUCGCACGCAUACACACACUCACUGCCUCACACUGAAGGGGGAUGCAUCUCUCUGUCUUAUUUUUCCUUUUGCUCUGGGCUCAAGCCCUCACCUUGAAAAACCUGAAUUAUUCUGUUCCGGAGGAGCAGGGUCCUGGCACCGUAAUUGGAAACAUUGCCAAAGAUGCUCGCAUCGGACCUGGGGAGAGGGGCAAAAAGUCCAACUUCAGGGUGCUGGAGAACUCAGCUCCUCAUCUUAUAGAUGUGGAUCCAGAGAGCGGACUGCUGUACACCAAGCAGAGGAUCGACCGGGAGACCAUGUGUAGGAAGAACCCCAAGUGCCAGCUCUCCAUGGAGGUGUUCGCCAAUGACAAGGAGAUCUGCAUGAUCAAAGUGGAGGUGCAGGAUAUCAACGACAACUCUCCCAGCUUCCCCUCUGAGCAGAUCGACAUUGACAUUGCUGAGAACGCAGCACCGGGGACUCGCUUCCCACUCACAAGCGCACAUGACCCGGACUCGGGGGAGAACGGGUUAAAGAGCUACCAGAUCACACGAGAUGACUACAACCUGUUCUCCCUGGACGUGAAAUCCAGAGGGGAUGGGACCAAAUUCCCAGAGCUGGUUAUUCAGAGACCCCUUGACAGGGAGGAACGAAGCCAUCAUACCCUCAUAUUGACAGCAAUAGAUGGCGGGGAAUAUCCAAGAUCAGGGACCAUGCAAAUAAAUGUCAAGGUUAUUGAUUCUAAUGACAACAGCCCGAUGUUUGAACAGCCCUCCUAUGUGGUAGAGAUUCCUGAAAAUUCCCCCCCUGGGAAAUUAUUGAUAGAUCUGAACGCAACUGACCCAGAUGAAGGGAGCAAUGGGCAGAUUGUCUAUUCUUUCAGUGGUUAUGCACCAGACAGAAUCAGAGAGCUGUUCUCCAUAGACCCUAGAACAGGUGUCAUAAAGAUUCAAGGAGAAAUCGACUAUGAGGAGAACCCAGUUAUAGAGAUUGAUGUGCAGGCAAAGGAUCUAGGACCUAAUCCAAUCCCUGGGCACUGUAAAGUCACGGUAAAAGUGAUUGACAGGAACGACAACUGGCCAUCGAUAGGCUUUGUCUCUGUCCGCCAAGGAGCCAUCAGUGAGGCUUCCCCUCCAGGAACAGUCAUCGCACUGGUGAGAGUCACAGAUGAAGAUUCCGGCAGAAAUGGCCAACUCCAGUGCCGAGUACUUGGCAACGUGCCUUUCAAGCUUGAGGAAAAUUAUGACAAUUUCUAUACUGUAGUCACAGACAGGCCUUUAGACAGGGAGGUGCAGGAUGAAUACAAUGUCACAAUAGUAGCUAAGGACAAUGGGAUCCCUCCUUUAAAUUCUACUAAAUCCUUUACAGUCAAAAUCUUAGAUGAGAACGACAAUGCACCUCGUUUUACCAAAUCUGUUUACCUAUUGCAGGUUCCAGAGAAUAACAUCCCAGGGGAAUAUUUGGGUUCAGUUCUAGCUCAUGAUCCAGAUCUUGGGCAGAACGGAACAGUUUCUUAUUCUAUUUUACCCUCCAACGUUGGUGAUGUGUCUAUUUAUACCUAUGUGUCUGUUAAUCCAACAAAUGGUGCCAUUUAUGCUCUCAGGUCUUUUAAUUAUGAACAGACAAAAUAUUUUGAGUUCAAGGUUUUGGCAAAGGAUUCCGGAUCCCCUCAUCAGGAGAGCAAUGCCACAGUGAGGGUCAGCGUUCUUGAUGUCAACGACAAUGCCCCUGUCAUUGUGUUGCCCCUGCUGCAGAAUGACACAGCGGAGAUCCAUGUCCCCAGAAAUGUGGGCGUGGGGCACAUUGUGACCACCGUUAGGGCGGUGGACAAUGACUACGGCGAAAGCGGUAGACUGACCUACGAGAUCUCAGAUGGGAACGAAGAGAACCUCUUUGAAAUGGACCCAAUCACGGGGGAGGUCCUCACCGUCCACCCUCUGUGGGAGGAAGUGGCUCCAGUUGUGGAGCUUAUAGUGAAGGUCGUUGAUCAUGGGAAGCCAACCCUCUCAGCUGUGGCCAAGCUGAUCAUUAAGGCUUAUAACGGGCCUGUGCCAGAGGGAGAACCCCGGAUCAACGAAGAGCAGCACAGCUGGGAUAUGUCCCUUCCCCUCAUAGUCACCCUCAGCAUCGUCUCCAUUAUGCUCCUGGCAGCCAUGAUCACAAUCGCCGUCAAAUGCAAGCGGGAAAAGAAGGAAAUCAGGACUUACAACUGCCGGAUUGCUGAGUACUCCCACCCCCAACUGGGCAAGGGCAAGAAGAAGAAGAUCAACAAGAACGACAUCAUGCUGGUACAGAGCGAGGUGGAGGAGAGGGACGCCAUGAACGUCAUGAACGUGGUGAGCAGCCCCUCCCUCGCCACAUCCCCCAUGUAUUUCGACUACCAGACGCGCCUGCCACUCAGCUCCCCAAGGUCAGAGGUCAUGUACCUCAAGCCCACGUCCAACAGCCUGACUGUUCCUCAAGGACACGUGGGUUGUCACACCAGCUUCACAGGGACUGUGACUAACACCACUGAGACACCAUCUAAUAGGAUGUCAAUAAUUCAGACAGACAAUUUUCCCGCAGAGCCCAAUUACAUGGGCAGCAGGCAGCAGUUUGUUCAAAGCAGCUCAACGUUCAAGGACCCAGAGCGAGCGAGCCUUAGAGACAGUGGGCAUGGCGACAGUGACCAGGCCGAUAGUGACCAGGACACCAAUAAAGGGUCCUGCUGCGACAUGUCUGCCAAGGAAGCCCUCAGGAUGAAAGCCACCUCAGUUAAGCCCCAACCUCUUGAGCAGGAGCAUGAAGAGUGCGUUAAUUGCACAGACGAAUGCCGAGUGCUAGGACAUUCUGACAGGUGCUGGAUGCCACAGUUUCCAACAGGCAACCAGGCGGAAAGUGCCGACUACCGUACCAACCUUUUUGUACCAGCAGGGAUGGAGACCGCGGUGGAAACAGAGACAUAUGAGACCGUCAACCCCAAUGGGAAAAAAACCUUCUGCACUUUUGGCAAGGAGAGGCGGGACCACACCGUCCUGAUAGCCAACGUCAAGCCUUACCUUAAAGCCAAGCGCGCCCUCAGCCCCCUGCUCCAGGAAGUCCCAUCUGCAUCAAGUAGCCCCACAAAACUGUGUCCUUCCACCUGCGUGUCCAGCCAGGGACCUGCAGAUGCAACCAACUGCAAGCCGGGAAGCAGCCAGUAUGGACCCCCCGAUGGCCAAUACGCAUCGCCAAAUAAACAGCUGAAGGACUCUCCAUAUGCAUCCUCGGACCCUGCAGCCCUGCCGGAUGUCCAGCCUCGGGUCAGCCAGGACUCCGGCGAGAUGGGCCGUGGCAACUCCGAUCGUCACCGGGAUGGCCUGGACACAGGUCAGGUGGUUCGGGACAUCGACAGGCUCCUACAGGACUGCCGAGGGAGCGAAGCCACCCCUGUGCAGAAGUGAAGUGCAAAACUGGCAAAAACAAACAUGCUCCAAACACACAUGCGUGUCAGGGGUGGGUGGGGGUCAGGGAGUCACAGCGUUAACAAAAGACACAAGGAGGUUUGGAUUUUGGGAUCACACUCUCUGACAUUUCGGAAUUUCUUCGGGAACCGCAGAAGACGCGGCUUGUGGUUCCAAAACACAAUUUAAGUGCCCACCAGCUCAUAUAACUUUCUGUAUGGGAACAUCCACUCACACAAGACAGAGGGCAUAGGGACAUCCGCAGUAAAUGAACGAGUGACGGUUUAUCAUGACAAUCGAUGAAAACAUAGAGAUGUUCCUGCUGCCAUAUGCAGUGAGCCGAAAGAGACUCAUGUAACUUUUCCAGAUGUAAUGAUCUUGGUGUGAAGUGCAAAAGAGCAAAAGAAGACAUCUUGGUGUAAGAAGAGUGAGGAGGGAAAAUAUGUAACCAUCCUUCAUCCAGUAAUUAUAAUAGUCUAUGUAAACUGUGUCCCCCCUAUUUAUCUGCCACAUAGAACAUUCCAGAAUGGUGAAGCGGUAAAACACAUCUUGCUCAUUGUGUAAGCCUCCCAUUCUCGACCUGCUCCCCAUCACCCAUGUAUAGUGAUGUUCACCUGUCUAAACUUACCCCCAUGACAAUCACACAUCUGUACUUUAAGGGACAUAUUUCCUCUACUGUGAAGAGACCUAUAUAUGUAAAAUGCACACAU